GGCCGAAGUAGUAUUUUUACAGAGAGCGACAGAAAGGGAAAGGCUAAUGCUUGAAACAUUGGCGAGCAGAUACUCAGCAUCUCCUCCAGACAAUGGACAAGGCUGGCUAGCUCAAGUUCAUUAUAAACUACGCUUAGAAAGCGCGCCUGAGCUCUGUGUGUGGACUCGGAGCCGCCUUCGCAGUCAAAGAGUCAUCCGGCUUCAACAGUCUCCAGUCAAGCUACACGGCCCAAACAGAGUCUAAGAUGCCCUAGGCGGUGAGGAGGGAAAUGUAAAUGGCUUCCAAAGUAAAAGAUGCUGUGGUGUGGUACCAGAAAAAGAUUGGCGCCUAUGACCAACAGAUAUGGGAGAAAUCAGUGGAGCAGAGAGAAAUAAAGUUUAUUUCUCUGGGCUUGAGGAACAAGCCAAAGAAGACGGGACACGUUAAACCAGAUCUCAUCGAUGUGGACUUGGUUAGAGGGUCUGCGUUUGCCAAGGCCAAACCUGAGAGUCCAUGGACGUCACUGACCCGGAAGGGCAUCGUUCGAGUCGUCUUCUUCCCGUUUUUUUACAGAUGGUGGAUCCAGGUCACCUCCAGGGCCAUUUUCUUCUUACUGCUGGCACUCUAUCUGCUGCAAGUCGCUGCAGCAUUCCUGUAUGUGACCAUCCCGCAGCCUCAUGGGAUACCGGCCACCGAGGUCUUUGAAGCCAUCUUGCUCAUGUUGCUGCUGGGCACCGUCCACUGUCAGAUUGUCUCCACCAGGACCCCGAAACCUGCCUCCAGCAGUGGGGGGAAGAGACGCAGGAAGUUGAGGAAGGCAUCUCAGAUGGAGGUGCAUAGGGAAGGCGACGGGUCUAGCACUACCGAUAACACACAGGAGGGGGCGCCACACUCCCACUCAGCCAGCACCACAUACAGCCUGGGCGCUUUCUUCCAAGAUUUCUGGCAUGAUAUCUGUAAAGCUGGGUCCAAGAAGUCCAAGCUUUCCAUCGAUAAAUCCACAGAAACGGACAACGGCUACGUGUCGCUGGACGGCCGCGUGACCAAUCGCAGUAGCGAGGAGGGGCUCCAGCUCCACGAGCAGCGAUGCGAUUUGUUAAAUAGGGCUGACGAGGCGUGCUGGAACCCGCACACGCAGCCUGCACACGGUCACGCUACCCGCAACAAUGGACUGCUGCUGGCUGGCGGUAAUAAGGAGCCGGCGUCGGAUGAGGCUUCCAGUGAGGAGGACCCUGAAGCGUCCUACAGCGCCCUCCGCAGGGGAGUGGAAAGAAUGAACAGUGACUGUGCACUCCGAAAUCGCAAGAAUACGCACCACUAUAAGAAACACUACACUGUGGAGGAUGUCCCCAAGUCUGGUACCAGCUGCAGCUCCAGAUGUUCAAGUCUGAGGACUCAGGAUUCAGAGAGUACUCGACAUGAGUCUGAGACCGAGGACCUGAUGUGGGAGGACUUUCUGCACUGCACUGAGUGCCGAUCGUCCUGCACGUCAGAGACAGAGGGAGAAGGAGGAGGAACGCCUGUGUGUCCGGCCAAGAAGGAAUACAGAGACGACCCUUUCCAUCAGGGUCACCUUCCCUGGCUGCACAGCUCCAACCCCGGCCUGGAAAGGGUGAGCGCCAUCGUGUGGGAGGGAAACGAGUGCAAGAAAGCAGACAUGUCUGUCCUAGAGAUCAGCGGCAUGAUCAUGAACAGAGUGAAUCUUUACACUCCUGGAAUCGGUUACCAGGUCUUUGGGAACCUAGUUUCAGUAGCACUUGGGCUCACACCCUUUGCUUACAGACUGGCUCAGUACCGUGACCUGGAUCAGCUGACCACUCUCUCAGCCAAUGAGCUUCUGUCUGUGGCGCUGGGGUGUGGGUCUGGUUCAGAUGUCCUGGUAAUCACCAUGGUAACGCUCAGCUUCCUGGUGCGCGUUUGCCUUAUCUGGCUCUUCUUCUUCCUGCUCAGCGUAGCAGAGAGGACAUACAAACAGAGACUUCUGUUUGCCAAACUUUUCGGUCACCUGACUUCGGCCCGCAGAGCGAGGAAGUCUGAGGUCCCACAUUUUAGGCUGAAGAAAGUUCAGAACAUCAAGAUGUGGCUGUCGCUACGCUCCUACCUCAAGAGACGGGGUCCUCAGCGUUCGGUGGAUGUCAUUGUAUCGUCUGCUUUCCUGCUCACGUUGUCAGUCGUCUUCAUCUGCUGUGCUCAGUUGCUCCAUGUCCAUGAAACGUUCCUGGACUGUCACUAUAACUGGGAGCUGGUGAUCUGGUGCUCCAGUCUGACUCUGUUCCUGCUCCGGUUCGUCACUCUGGGCUCGGAGACCAGCAAGAAGUAUAGCAACACCUCCAUCCUGCUCACUGAACAGAUUAACCUGUAUCUGAAGAUGGAGAAGAAGCCAAACAAGAAGGAGGAGCUGACACUGGUCAACAAUGUUUUAAAACUGGCAACCAAACUACUCAAGGAGUUGGAUAGUCCGUUCAGGUUGUACGGUUUGACGAUGAACCCUCUGCUCUACAACAUCACCCAGGUGGUCAUCCUGUCUGCUGUGUCAGGAGUCAUAUCUGACCUGUUAGGAUUUAACCUGAAGCUGUGGAAGAUCAAAUCAUGACAGUGGACUGAGAAACAGCGUCAACACUUCACUCUCACUGACUGGCUGAACGCUCGUCUGACUGGCCCGACCCACCGAGAGACCGAGCCUCAGCCUCGACAUAUCAGAGUGCUUUGACCUUCAACGUUUCCACUUUGUGCAAUUCACGGACUAUUUAUUUACCCAUUCAGUGUUUAUACCUAGGCUUUAUUUGAAUUCUAGUUUCUUUCAUGUUUUUGUGUUUUGUGACACAAAGUUCGGUUUUUACCUGUCAACAAAAGUGUUAUGAGUGUUUCCCCUAGGUUACCGCUUUGGAGGGGAGACUUCUCGCUUGUUUGUUUUUUUUCCUCCCCCCUGCUCUAAAGCAAAUCUCCCCUGUCGUUUUAGACGGAUCAAGACUUGUUGGGAUGGUUUUUGCAUUUACACACAUGAAGUUGGCUUCAACAGGAGUAACGUUAUCUUCACUUCACAAACAAAAACACAGUAGUGUGCUUCUUCCCCCCCCCCCCCCAUUAUUAUUUUUUUCCUCUUGCCCCCCCGAGUUGUUGGUAGGGGGAACGCUGUGUGAACAUAAAUUAUUAUUAAGUGAUGGUUGAGGUUCUCAGCUCCAUCUGCAGCUUUUCAUUUUAACUCAUUUGCAGGCAAAAAUAUUUUAUUGUAUUUUUUCCUUUUUUUGUUUUUUUUGCUUAAACUGAAUGUUAUUUAUAUGUUGAGUUUCAAAACAAAACAGAUUUUAAAAAAGCAAACGUUAGUCCAGUGGUUUUAUUCAAACUAAUUGAGUUCGUCAAACAUUUUUUAAUUUUAUUACAAACAAAUACUGAAGGUGUAAUAUUUUCUUUAAGAUAGAGUAAAUGCUCCACACAGAAACCUUUAGAUCAAGCUGCUAACUGGUUUGGUGAAGAAAUUUGCUGGUGUCUUGCACCUGUUCACACUCAGGCCACAUGCAAAUAUCUUUUAAGGGAAGUUAACAGUUCCAUUCUCCAGGUAUUUAAAAGCAAAACAAAACUAGAGAGCAGAUGACAUUUACCAAAACCAAAAGGGAUAAAAGCGACACGGCCGCAGAUGUGUGAACAGAAAGAAGACCGAACAUGUCCACAAUUAUUCUUCACUAUUAGACAGUGGUUUCAGCAGCAUUUCCAGCAAUACGCAAGUAGAUGGUAACACUUCCCUCAGAGAGCUGACACAGCAUCUACUGUGUCCAUUAAAUUUGCAGGUAAACUGGCUUCAAACGGCUCGACGGUAUCGCCUGUCAGCUUUCUUUGUUCAGAACACAUGCAAAGACUCUACAUUAGUUUCUCCUUUUACUUGUCAGCAAUCUCAGGUUUCUGGGUUAGGUUUACUCUUUAUGAUCUGGGCUUUUACAUAAACGUGUGUCCACACAGGAAGCAAUGUGUCUGCCACGUGUGGCUUUGCAGCUGACAAUCAGUUGCUUUAUUUCCCAAAGGGCCGCAUGAGAAACAGACUGUCGUGGAGGGCUGCACCAAUAAGCUGAACUCAAGUCUGCUCAAUAUUUUCUCUCUUUAAGCUGCAACUGAUAAGAGUAGAUGUUACAAUUAGGCAAUAAAAAUGUGAAAUGGGGAUAGUAGAAAGGCCAACAUUUUAUUGUUAUUUGAUUUCAACAUUCCCCAAAACUGUGAAAAUAAGUCUACAGUUAUACAAAGUGCUACUGCUACUUUGCUGGUAGUUUAAUGGAGCUUUUCAGUUCUUGUUCAGUGAGAGAGAUCCAGUCGGUUUUGGGCCUAAACAAGUGCAUUAAAGUCAGAUUCAGUAUCUGAUAUUUAUUUAUUUUAACACUUUGCCCAGACUGAGCCACCUGGCAGCUGUGUGGUAGCCUAUGUCACCAUCUUCAGUCUCACGCUCCUCUGAAAGUAGAACAAACCAUUUUAGUUGCAACAUCAACAAAAAUUAACUCUUGACAGAAAUACCAGUUUCAGUUCUGGGUUCAUUUCAGUCAUUUAAUGUUGCGUCUGCUUUUAAAGUACGACAGCAGUUGUAGAGCCCAUCAGCUCGAGCCUAUCCAAGCAUGCAGUUCUGUGAACAAGUCCGUGUCGUAGUACCUUGCGUUGCUGCCCCAUUUUCUAAUAUGUUUUCCUUCCGUUCUUUUACGUACAAAAAUUAGUAACUAGUCUGUCUAGACUAUGAGACGACACGUCUCAUCCAGGGCCAAAGAGGAAAAGUCAAAUCUGUCCUCUUAGUUUUUCCAACCGAAGCUCUAGACUUCCUGCAGUGUCCUCAGUCCAUCUUAUUACGGUUCAACUAGAGAGAGGGGCACAUUCUCCACCAAACAUUAAUUGACUCUUAUUGUUUACUGGGUUUUUUUUGUUUGUUUGUUUGUUUUUUUGGCGAUUUCUCACAAAAUCGCAACGCUGGUCUUGACUGCUCUAUCCCUGGAUGUGUAGAUUUGUAAAAAGUCAAGUUCUUGUAUUUCUCUUUAUGAUUAGUCUUGUAAUAGCGAUUCAAACAUACCAAAUGACCACACAGCUUUACCUCUGACUCAAGUUCAUAUUUAGACAAUGAUAAAUAGCCACAUCUUGUUAAAAACGGCAUUCGUUCAGGGCUAGUAAGCUCACGUCUCAUAAAACAUUAUCAUUUUUAUUACCACUGUAUUUAGUUGCACACACAUGCGUAUUUUUUUUAAUUAUCAUGGGCCACCAAUGGUCAGAUAAUGCCCACAUCUGCUCUAAUGUAUCUUCAACCCGCUAACGUGUCGAUUAACAAUAGCCAGUAGAUGCAUCAAUUCAUCUCUAAGUUGAGGAAAGCUUACCUUGGGCCCCAUCAAUAGCUGCUUCCUGUGUGGAUGCCCUUUAAAUACAGAGAUGACUGGGCCGACAAAAUUUUUUGGUAAAUCUCAGACUGGUUUCAUUAUCGACUCCCAGUCCCAGAUCAAACCGCUUCAGCUGUCCUAGCAUGACUUCGAAAUCUACGAAGACAAUCCCCAAAAAGCAAAAUGUUGGAUAAAUGAAACGGAAACUUGUACUGGAGAUCUGCCUCUCCCUUCACUUCACCAGAUCAAAUCUCAAUUAGAGGUUCAUUCAGAUAAUAAAACUGAAGCCUAAAUAAAGGUGGUCACAAUCAAUUCAGAUAUUUUAUAAACUGACUGGACUUCACAUAAAAUGCUGUUGAACGCUCAGAGCUCCUUUAGACGUUGGUGUACACGACAAUUCAGUGAAGUCUUUCUUGUGUCUGUGUGAGAACAAAGACAUGCACUUUAAAAACACAUUCUCAAUGGAAGAAAAGUUACUUUGUAUCAACAAUUUCUUUUAAACAUCACUCUGUGUGAUACAGUUUGUGUGUUUCUGGUGUUAUAGCGAAUGCUAGUUCAGCGUGUGUACUGAUGAUUUGUGUGAAUUAAAUCCGAAACGGUACGUGAAGUAAUGAUGCCCACAGAAAAGAAACAAAUGGUUGCCUCGGUUCACUGGAACAAGCUUCAUUCAUAAAAAUGCGAGCAUAAUCAUCUUCAGUGUGUUUGAGGAGGAAGACCAAAGUGCUUUUAAUUUAACUGUAUUUGUUUGUCUCUGCUGGUUAAAGAAUGUAUUUAUAGCGUUCUGGUUUUAAGAAUAUUUCCUUUUUGUUCUUUCAUCAUUUAUUUGUACAGGAUGUUUGUUCCUCACCCUCUUUAGAAAAGGCAUGCUCGACUGUUUUUGUUUUUUAGGAACGAGAUGUUUGAAUCGUGUAUAUGAGAGUGACUCUGAGGAAAGGACUGUGUUAUGAUGCUGUUUUCCAAAAGUCUAAAUAUUUACUGUUUUUCUUGUGAACUGGUCUUUCAAUAAGAUCUGUUUUUAUAUGAAUAAUUAAAAAAAAAAAGAUGUUAAAUCCUUUAUUCUUUUGUUGUUUAACUGUUUAUGUGUUAUCCUUUUCCUUCAGUUGUUUAAAUAUUUAUAUAUUUACAGUUGCACUUGAUCAACUGCUUCUUACGGCAAAAAUAUCUAAUCAAUCAACAGAUCAGUCAUCUCUGAAUGUUUCCAGACUCUUAAAGAAAUUACAAGAAAAAAAACUGCCUAAGAGAGUUCAGAUGGUGUUGAAGAAUAAAGG